AUGCAGCAGAUCCCGUCUUCCCGAAGCCUUGCCCGUCGCUGCCCGUCGCGUGCUUUUAGAUGCAGCGUGCGGCUCAUGGCGUCCCAACCAGCAGCCUCUGCGGAAGGCGCGGCCCCCGUCCCCUACGCCUCGCUCAAGACGCUCGCGGCGGGCGCCGUCUCGGGCGCCGUCGCUAAGACGGCCGUGGCCCCGUUCGACCGCACCAAGAUCCUCAUGCAGGUCUCCCAGAUGUACGGCUGGAAGCGCUACCGCGGCUCCGUCUGGGACUCCAUGCGCACCAUCUGGCGCACCGAGGGAAUCCCCGGCUUCUUCAGGGGCAACUCCGCCACCGUCGUUCGCAUCAUGCCGUACGCCGCCGUCCAGUACCAGUCGUUCGAGUUUUAUCACCGCGAAUUGUCGCAUUACGUCUUCCGCUCGGAUAACCCCAGCCCCGCGAAAAGGUUCAUCGCGGGCGCUAUGGCGGGGUCUACGAGCGUCUUAUGUACAUACCCCAUCGAUUUGGCGAGAACUGUGCUCGCGGUCCAGGUCGCCAGCGAUGCAUCUACAAAGCCCGUCAGGAGGUUGGGUAUACUUGCCACUCUGUAUACUAUCGGACGCGAAGAGGGGAUGCAUUCUUUGUACCGCGGCAUGUAUCCUACGCUUGUUGGUGUCAUUCCGUACGCAGGAAUCAGCUUUCUGUCAUUCGGCAUUCUGAAACGAUUUGCAGACACUCGCGGCAUUUCUGAGCAUGCUCCCGUUUUGACGUCCCUGGUAUGCGGCGGAUCAGCCGGACUAGUCGCCCAAUGCUGCACCUAUCCGUUCGACCUUGUACGUCGUAGGUUGCAAGCUUUACAUAGGCCAGACCUUAUGACUGAACAAGAAAAGGCGUUUUUGAGAGCGGCCUCAAAAGGGAGUAGAUUUGUUAGCUUUUCAAUUGGCAGCGCCAUUAUGUAUAUCAGCAGGAAGGAAGGUCUCAAAGGCCUGUACAGAGGGGUUUCCCUGAACUUUUUGAAGACAGCUCCUGCUAUGUCCAUCAGCUUCACUUGCUACGACAAGAUUAGGACGACGCUUGGGGUCCCACCGGGAAAAUAUUCUGCAACGAGAGGAUGA